UGCAGUUCCCCUUUCUGGCUCCGUCUCUCUGCAGCACCAUGGCAGCACCCAUCUUGGUGUGUGACUUCGUGAAGCAAGUGCAGGAGGACCUCAGCUCACCCACCACCUCCACCUUCACCAGCCACAUGGGCCGCUGUAAGGCCACUGCCAGCAGCAUGGAGGAGGCCUUGGAUGCAGACCGAGCUGUGCUGCAGAAGAUGAAGAAAGCUGCCAAGGCAGAGCAUGGCUGUGGACAAGACCUCAUCAGCCACCUCGCAGCCCACAUUGCUGCCCAGGAGUUGUUCUCAGCCAACUACCAGCUGGAGGGAGAGGAGCAGCUGGCUAAUGCCUUCAGCACCUUCGCGGCCUUCUCCCAGGAGCUGCUGAUUGCCGUCAGGAGCCUGUUGCAGAGUUUGGACCACAACAUUAAUUUUUCCCUGGAGUCCUUAAUAAAGGGAGACAUGAAAGAGAUCAAAGGGGAGUUCAAGAAGCCCCUUGAGAAGGCCUACAAAGACUAUGAGAGCAAACUCACAAAGAUAGAGAAGGAGAAGCGUGAGCUGGCAAAGCAGCAUGGCAUGGUGAGGGGUGAGGUGAGCGGGGGGGAGAUCGCCGAGGAGAUGGAGAAGGAGCGCAGGACCUUCCAGUUAAACAUGUGUGAGUAUCUAAUCAAAGUGAAUGAGAUCAAAACCAAGAAAGGGAUCGACCUGCUGCAAAACCACAUCAAGCACUGCAACUCACAGUUCAAUUUUUUCCAGGAAUGUUUAAACACAACAGCAAAACUUAAAAAGUUUACAGAGGAGCUCAUCCCGGAACUGCAGAGCCUGAAGGUCAGGCAGGACGAGGAGAAGAAGCAACUGUGUGCCCUUCGGGAUCAGCUGAAGGCAGCGUUGCAGCUGGAGCAGAGAGAGGACUUGGGGAGCAAGCAGGCCCGGUACAACAUGCAUCAGCUGCAGGGGAACAAGCAGUAUGGCACAGAGAAGAUGGGGACUCUCUUUAAGAAAAGCGAUGGGUUGAGAAAAGUCUGGCAGAAGAGGAAAUGCACUGUCAGCAAUGGCUACCUGACCAUCUCUCACAGCAUGUCCAACCGCCCUCCAGCCAAGCUGAACCUACUGACCUGCCAGGUGAAGCCAAACGUGGAUGACAAGAAAUGCUUUGAUCUGGUUUCACACAACCGCACAUACCGCUUCCUGGCAGAGGACGAGCAGGACUGUUUUGUAUGGGUGUCUGUGCUCAGCAACAGCAAGGAGGAGGCACUGAACGUGGCCUUCAGCAAGGCGCAGGGCGGAGGGGAGAGCAGCAGGGAGGAGCUGACCCGGGCCAUAGUUGAGGAGGUCAGAAACAUGCCUGGGAACAGGGAGUGCUGUGACUGCUUGGCCCCAGAUCCCACCUGGCUCUCCAUUAACCAUGGCAUCCUGAUCUGCAUUGAGUGCUCUGGGAUUCACAGAGAGAUGGGUGUGCACAUCUCCCGCAUCCAGUCACUGUCUUUGGACAAGCUGGCAACCUCCGAAUUGCUGCUGGCGAGGAACAUUGGCAACGCUGGUUUCAAUGGCAUCAUGGAAGCGAGUCUUUCCAGCUUCUCCCCGAAGCCCGUGGCACACAGUGACAUGGCCUUGCGGAAAGAAUUCAUCAUUUCCAAGUAUGUUGAGAAGAAAUAUGCCAAGAGGAGCCCUGCUGCUCAGUGCCCAAGCCUCCCAGAAGCUGUCAAGGGCAAGGACAUAUUUACUUUGCUCCAAGCUUAUGCUGAGAACGUGGAUUUGAGCAAGCCUGUGCAGGCACACCUGCAGGAACCUGGGGAGACCAUCCUCCACCUGGCAGUGCUGUUGUCUGAUCGAACUUCUUUGCAUAUUGUUGAUUUUCUUGUCCAGAACAGCGGGAGCCUGGAAAAGCAGACCAUAGUGGGGAACACGCCGCUUCACUACUGCUGCUUUCACAACAAACCUGAGUGCCUCAAACUGCUGCUGAAGGCUAAAGCCAACAUCACCAUCACUAACCAAGCAGGAGAGACGGCCCUGGACAUUGCCAAGAGGACAAGACAUCACCAGUGUGAAGAGCUGCUGCUGCAGGCCCAGAACAAUCAGUUCAGCCCGCAUGUCCAUGUGGAGUACGAGUGGUGGCUGGGCCAGGAUGACAUGUAUGAGAGCGAUGAUGAGCUGGAUGAGAAGCUGGGUCUUAUGAAGAGGGGGUCUUCCUGUCCACAGAGCUGCUCCCAGCCUCCUGCCACUGCCAUCAGACCAGAAGCAGCAGGGGCAGUGCCUCAGGGGAGGCGGCCAGACACCUAUGCCUUGCCACACACCCACCUCCGCAGCCUGGAUGUGCCACCAGCUCCAUCCUACCCACCUCCUUUCCCUCCCCAUCGGGCGAAGUCAGCUCCUGAAAGGACACGUCCACUCCUGACCAGCUCAUCUGUCUUUGCUGAGGACACAAGAACCAGGAGGAGCCCAUCCCUGCCUCUGAGCACCAAGCACAAGCGCACAUCCUCAGAUCCAGCUCCUUGGGUACCACUCAGCCCGGAGAAACCCAACCUUGGCCUGGCUUCAGGUGCCCUGAUGGCCAUGGACUGCCUCUAUGCAUCUGUCUCCAGAAAAGCAGGACAGCCUGGCCCACACCAAUCGCCCCAGGAGUCAGAUCCAAGUUCUGGAAGUGCCUUCAAUGUCCCACCUCCUCUUCCUCGGAGGGGCAGUUCGAACACACUGCUGUUCCGCAGGGUCCGUGCUCUCUAUGACUGCAGUGCUGACCGGGAAGAUGAGCUGACUUUCCAUGCAGGCGAGAUCAUUGUGGUAUCUGAAAAGGAGGACGACAACUGGUGGAAAGGCUGGAUUGAAGGGCAGCCCCACAGGCAAGGUGCCUUCCCUGCUUCCUUCGUUCACGUGCUCAAUGAAUAGGAGCUGCUUUGAUCUUGGGGGGAAGAUCUCAUCAGCUGCUU